GUGGCGGGUGUGCACGGAAUAGACAGUCACCAUAUCAUCAUUAUUAUCAAGGUAACAUAUUCAAAACUUAAAGACUAGUCGGUUAUAUCUGUAGACUGCUUGUUUAGCGAGUGACUACCGCGGAAACAGUAACGCCAUUUACACGAAUAGAUAUGUACGCGUUCAAGGUUUAUCAAGUCAUAUACAUUCGGUGAAGGCGGACACACUUCAAAUGGUGCAUAGCCCAUUUAGUGAAUCGACCAAAUGACAAGCGCAGACGCGGUGUCGGAGAUUUUCACGUUGUGAGGGGGUGGGACACACCGGCUUCCUGGGAGAGGGCGGUGUCCAAGACCCAGCACUCCAUACAGUGCGGCAUGCAGGCAAAGGCGGACGGAGCACCGGAAGAGACGGUGUUAGCCGCGUUCCUUCACGACAUCGGGCAUCUGCUUGGUGUGUGCGACAAUCUACCGGAAAUGAUCACUGACGACGUCAAUAUUGGAACACGUGACAAUGACGUCAUUGGCGGUGACUAUCUCCGACGGAAGGGAUUUCCAGCGAUCGUGUGUGACAUUGUAGCCGGGCACGUACAGGCCAAACGAUACCUCGUCUUGAAGGAAAACGGUUACUAUGAAAGUACGUAACAGUUAUUGCCGAAAAUCACCUGUCUUGGAUAAACUGUGAAUCCGUCAUAUAUUGACUUAAAGCUUCAAAUAGUUUUAUUUUGUAUUUUAUGCGAGGUAGUGAAUAUAAGUAAUGUAAAUACCUUAUCUUGUUGGUAUCGCUUAAGUUAAAUUAAGUUAAGUUGAUUAAGUAAAAAUAGCAAACAUUAACAUGCAACUGAGUAUCGCCGUUGAACUGCACACAAAAAGAUGUCAAGUAUUAUAUACAUUGAAUACGCUUCCAAUCUACUAGUUCAAACUGUUGGCUAAGUUCAAGGUAUACAUUAUGCCCCAAACACAUGGAGUUAACAUGCGUGCGAAGGUGAAGAAAGUUAAUGGACCUCAACAACUUUACUUGGAUUUGACUUCUUUAUUUUAAAAUACAAACGUUUACUACCCAUUUCUUACUUUUCUUUCAUUAGGAAGUUAUGUUCGAUUUUUUACUUUACAAAACUUAAACUUCUCAUUACUAAUUUUAACAGUGCUAAACUAACAAAAGUAAUGCAUCGAGUAUUGUAUACGACCAUAUCUUACGAUGUUUAGAACUAAUGCAAAUUCAAGAUA